UCCACUGAGAAGAGGAAAGACUAAGAAGAGGAAAGAGACAGGUUUUUUGAGAGGAGAAGCGGAGAGGAAGUUUCUAAAGCGGUGAAGAGAGAAAGUACAUUAGAGGAGGGUGGAGUGAAUAAAUGCGUAUAGUGUGCUGGGUAAGUUGUGAGACGGGGGAUGGGGCUCCUAGGAUGUGACUCAGACUCCCUGUCAAAACCAGCGGGGAGGGGACCUGAUGAGAAAAGGGAUAGAACGCAGGAGAGCAGGGGUGGAGUGGGGGAAAGAAAACCCGGCCCCUCUUACACCACCCCAACUCUUCGGCAUUCAGCGUCAGCAAAAACCCUAAUGUGAUCAAGAUGGAAGUUGUCUUUGGACUUUUCUCUGCUCCCCGGCAUUCUGCCUGCCUUUGGGGGCUUCACUGCCUUUCCGACAGUUUUACAGCGGAGAUACUGACUGGAGUCCAGAAAAUGACUUACAGAAUCCUAGACUAAGUACUGCUUACAAAAUAAAACUCUUGUCAACUCUGUUGGAAAGAGAUGGAUUCACAUUUCCCAAACGUGGACGCAUUGCUUUCGGUGGAUGAAUGAAAAGGCAACUUGCGAAACAUCUCUGGAUAACUGUACUCAAAGCAAAUACUGGAUCUUUGUUGGAUUAUCACCUGGUGUUUAAUUACUGAAUAUACAGCUACUGGAUUAUUUUGUAACAAACUGUUUCCACACCGUAGAAUUUACAAGGAGUCCUUGUUACUCAAUCUUAAAAUAUCUAAAAUGUUAUGAGGUGUCAGUUUUUCUGUUGUUUCGAGAGCAAGUAGGAGGAUCAACUGCUUAGGGACAUUUUUUUAUAACCUCCCGUACUUAACUAAAAACCAGGUGCAGGUUCAUGCCAGAGGGUGCAGAUGGCAGUGGCUACCAUCAAGCUCUUCUUCUGAGGAAACAAGAGCAGAUCUGGUGCUGCAUUUUCGCCUGGCGUCAAAAGCUGUAUGGGAUAGCACUGGCUGUCCACCAUGCCAGUAGCCAUACGGAAAAGAAGUUGGGAGGAGCACGUAACUCAUGCUUCAGGAUUACAGUACAGCUAUGAUGAUCUGGAUCUGGUCUGCUGCCAUGGGGUGGACAGCGAGGGGCCUUGGAUGGGAGCAGGGGCUUCCAAACAAGGUAGACGGACGAGGUGUGCCUCCAUGCCAGAGGGCUGCCACCAACUGCCCACAGAGGACCUGGUUCAGACACUUGAGGUAACGGCUUCUGUCGUGAAUGAUGAGACUGAAUCAGAACAAUUGAAGCUUAUGGAAAGCAAUGUAAAAGUUCCACUGGAUUUGCAGGAGGACUCAUUUCAUUCAGAGUUAGUGGAUAUUGACAUUCCCCAAAGGGCCUCUGAAUCAGGGCAUCCCCAAACCACAGACACUGGGAAUUCUGGAGAGUUUCACUGUAACUCAAACAGUGGGAUGUCUAUUGUAAAUAUUUCUUGUGCAACUGAUAGCAGCAGUCACCGUGAGAAAACUAUUAAUGGAGAAGGUGAAGUUGGCACAGAGAGUAGCCAGAGUCACGACAUCUGCAAUGACGAUAAUGUCUUUAAAAGUCGACAAAUCUCUCGUGAAGAGCAACAAUGCAUCUCUAUCUCUUCAAACAAUGGGCCUCUACUGUCUGAAUCUGCUGGUGAACAGCCUGGCAAACUUCCAAAUCAUCAGGAAACAAAGGAGAGCCAUACAGAGGGUUACAGCAGACCUCCUGAAAUCUCUGAGGCCGCACUAAACCAGUCCUCUGCUGCUGAACUGGAACCUCAGACUGACCUCCCAGAUGUAGAAGAAGAGAAGAUUUCCACCGUUGGCCAUGCUGAUGCAAGUGUAACCUCACCUAUUGGUGUACUGCACAGUUCAGUUGAUAUUAUGGAGAGUGGUGAUGUAAUGCCACAGGUUAACAAAACUGUGGAACAAUUUGUGACUUUAGUGGUAGAAGAAGUAUGUGACAAAGGAGUAACUGAAAGCUGGAGCGCAGAUUCUGCUGACAAGCUGGACGGAUUAAAUGGCCCAGAAACUUUAAAUGAAAAUACAGGACUUAAACAUCACUCAAGAGACAUUCAAGGAGGAGAGCAGGAUCAUCAUGACCACACUGGGGUAUUGGAUCAGGCUCGUGGUUGUGAAAUACCCUACCAGACAUUGUUGGAACAGCAUAAUGUUGAAAUGACAGCAAUGAACGGGCCUCAGGGAGAUGAAAGUGCACAAGCAGAAAGCAGCGGGAAAGAAGCAGAAGUCAGGUAUGGGCCAAUCACAUCAUCUGAUAUGUUUUUCAAAGGUCAGUGUUGCACUUUGACAGUUAACAGCAGUACAUCUGAAAAACUGGAUACUGGAUAUUCAGACGAAAACCCCAUUCAGACAAACAUUACUCAGUAUGCAGACCUAUGUGUGGAAACGGCGACCUCUGUAAGUCCACCAACGGAAAACGCUGAUGAACGCUCAGUGUCCAAAGAGUUGGCUUGUUGUGAAGAUCAAACCGUAGCUCAGCAGUUGGAAAAUAGCUGUUCCAAACUGGAUACUAUCCCAGAAGUUAGCCACGUUGCGCCAGAUGACACCCCUGUACUGGAUCUUCAAAAGAACUCAGAUUUCGCCCAAAAUCCAGAUGUUCAGCACUCUCACAUGGAUGAUAAACAUGCAGUUACUGAACAGCACACCGGAAACCUGCCACCAUGCUCGGGAGAAGUCAGCGCUGAGCUCUCAGCAGAAGGACUCCAUGGCAACCAAGAGGCCUCUGGUUGUUACUUCAGUGAGUCACCUGCCUCUGAGGUGGCAGAUGGUCAGAGGGAACAACACAAACCAGCAGCGUCACUCUGUAGGAUGGAGGAGUCAGAUGAGGCCACACACACAGUUAUUUACAGUGACAUACAACUGGCCAGUCCAGUUUUAGAUGGAACGAAUGAACCUGGAGAUCAGAAAGAGGACAAUGUGGUCAAAGUGCGCAUGAGAAAGCGUGAGCAUGCCCGUCUGGACUCAAUGGUUUUGCUGCUGAUGAAGCUGGACCAGUUGGACCAGGAAAUUGAAAAUGCCCUUAGUGCCACCUCCUCUAUGGACAGCACCCCGACCCUCCAUCGACGACAACUCCUGGAGUUUGAUUUAGGAUCAGUGCCAGCAGCAUCAAACCCUCCACAUCCAGAUUACUCUGCUGUCUCCUCCUCAACACCUGCACCGGCCCUUGGAACAAAACCUAAGAGUGGGAGCACCUCCGCCAUUCCUGAAAAAGAAAAGGCUGAGAUCGAAGCCAAAGAGGCCUGUACCUGGCUCCGAGCAGCAGGGUUCCCGCAAUACGCCCAGCUUUAUGAAGAUGCCCUGUUUCCCAUUGACAUCUCUUCAGUCACCAGAGACCAUGACUUCCUCGAUCGGUACGCUAUUGAGGCUCUCUGCAGGAGACUGAACACCCUCAACAAGUGUGCCCUAAUGAGACUGGAGAUAUCACCGCAAAGAAAAAGAAGUGAGGACUCCGAUGAGGAUGAGCCUUGUGCCAUCAGUGGCCGCUGGACCUUCCAGAGGGACAGCAAGCGCUGGUCACGUAUGGAGGAGCUGGAGGUUUUUUCUGCACUUCCUGCAGAUGCUGCCCCACCUCCGUUCCCCAAUGACCCCGUAUCCCAGAAAGGCAAGCUUGCCCUGCACGAAGGGAAUAGCUCAGAGAGUGUGCUGACCGACCUCAGUGAACAACCUGAAGUGGGCUCCAUCCACAGCAGUGGGAGUGGAGGGAGAGGAGAGGAGAAGAGCCAUGGUGCCACCCUGACAAAUGAGGCUAUACCCGCUGGUGCCACUCGAGCCAGCUCUGUAGCUAGCAUGUGUUCGUCAUCGGGCACAGGUGGGUCAGGAUGUGCCAAUGAGGACUCUCUGUCUGAUGGGAUGCCUCCAUCGCCCCUGGAGACACUCGGACAGUUCACCUUUGAUGUGAAAACAGGGAUGGGAGGUCUAGGAGGAAGUCUGGACAGAGGAGGUGGCAGCGGCAAAAGCACACGCUCAAGAGCUAAGAGCUUCCUCAAGAGGAUGGAGAGUCUCCGGCUGCGCAGCGGCACCAUGUCAAAGAGAAAGAAGAAGGCGAGCACCAGCGGAGGGAAGAUUGAAAUUAGUGGCCCUGUCAUCAAAGAGGGUCUAGAUGAUGACAAGUUGCGGAAGCUCAACUGUGUGGAUAUCUCCAGCAUCAUCCUCAACCAGAACCUCAAUCACCACCGCAGUCCCACUCAGACUAUGACACUUAACAGGAAUCGCUCUGUAUCCUACUCCACUCAGACCAGCAACGGCAGCACUGGAAGCACUGGGAGCAGCCAGUCCGAAGCCAGCAGUGGAAGUGCAGUGAGCACACCGAGCCCAGUGACUCGCGCUCGCAGCCACAGCACAGCCGCAGGCUCGAGUAAGAGAGGAGGAAUGUAUUUGGAGGGUUUUGAUCCAUUCAGCAUUCCCCAACAAGCUUCAGAUGGACAGCCAACACCCCCACCCAAAUCUGCCCCACCCAUCCCAUGCCAAGCUAGUAAUGGGAUGACAGUGGAUGAGCAGAACCGCAGGAACAACUUCAGUGUUCAAGACAAUAGCGGACAAGCGGAAGAAGAAGAAGAGGAAGAAGAGGAUGGCAUGAUCUUCUUCUAUUUACCAGAAGGUCACAAGCCUGGAACCUUUCCCAAAGCCCUGCAGGACGGGAGUUCACGCAAUAACAACGGGAAUGAUAACGGGAACUCAGUGAUCCUCAGGGGGCGGCAAAGUAGACGCCAGCGCCGUGGCUCUUCAGGCUCUGUCGACAGCCGGCUCAGUUUUUAUGACAAUGUCCCCUACGCUGAGAGAGAGGAGGAGGAAGAGGGGGAUGAGCGCAAACUGGAGCAAGUGCUGCAACACGUCAGCGGCCUGCAGCGGUUCGUUAAUGCCUGGUCAGAGGCUGUAGCCGGUGAAGAGGAGGAGGAGGAGGAGGAUGAAGAGGAAGAAGGAGACUCAGAUUCAGCACUAGACUCGGCCUCCCCGUGCCCCUCUUCUCCACUGCAGAACCGACUGGAGGAGACGGAGAACGGAAGCGACCAAGACAGCACAGGAAACCCGCUGGGCGAGGGAGAGGAAGGGAUGAGAGAGAGGAGAGAUUCUGGUGUCGGACCAUCUCUAACCAGAACCAGCAGGCCACAGAAACUCCGCUGGCCGAGCUUCCAGAACUCCCAUCGGCCCAGUUUGGCCUCCGCUCAACUCCAGAUUAGCUGCCAAUCUGUGCUACAGAUGAAUCUACUCCAGAAGCUCUCCCUGUUGCAGCUCACUGCUCUGCUCGAGAAACACACCCCUACAAACAAACAUGGCUUCAGCUGGGCUGUGCCAAAGUUUAUGAAGCGGAUCAAGGUGCGCGACUACAAAGACAGGAAUGUGUUCGGUGUGCCACUACAAGUCAUCGUCCAGCGGACAGGGCAGCCUCUCCCUCAGGGAAUACAGCAGGCCAUGCGCUAUUUGCGCAAUCAGUGCCUCGACCAGGUCGGUCUUUUCAGGAAAUCAGGAGUUAAAUCUCGUAUCCAAGCUCUUCGUCAGAUGAACGAGGCGAGCGGCGCAGAUGGGGGAGGUGUCAGCUAUGAGGGCCAAUCGGCAUAUGACGUUGCAGACAUGCUGAAGCAGUACUUCAGAGAUUUGCCAGAACCCCUGCUCACAAGCAAACUUUCAGAGACCUUCCUCCAGAUUUAUCAGUACAUGCCUAAAGAGCUUCGUCUACAGGCGGUGCGUGCCGCCGUGCUGCUUCUGCCCGACGAGAACCGCGAGGCACUGCGGACACUGCUGUGUCUGCUGAGCGACGUGACAGCCUGCGUGUCUGAGAACCAGAUGACUCCCACCAACCUCGCUGUUUGUCUGGCUCCAUCACUAUUCCACCUCAACACCCUGCGCCGCAAGGAGAGCUCCUCGCCAAGGGUGAUGAACAGGAAGCAGACACUGGGAAAGCCGGACCAGAGAGACCUGAAUGAGAACCUGGCUGCCACUCAUGGCCUGGCACACAUGAUCCAGGAGUGCAGGAAACUCUUCCGGAUCCCAGAGGAGAUGAAUCGCUGCAGGAACUCAUAUGUGGAGCAGGCACUGCUGCCUCGACGCUUGGAGGACCUUGUAGGUGAAGAGGCCGGACAGGGUGGUUACAGGGACUACUUACAGGAGAGCCUAGACGCCCUCCUCAAAGAGGCCAAGGACAAGUUCAAAGGUUAUGACAGCUGCUCCACACCUGAGCACGCCGAGCUGGCCUGUAGAAAGGUGCAUGAUGGCUUUCCAUUGCGGCAGUGGAAGGUGACUGUGGAGGUUCCUGUGAGUCCCGAGGAGGUUCUGACACGAGUGCUGCGGGAGCAGGGCCACUGGGACGAGGACCUCCUCGAGAGCCGGAUGGUGGAGACCCUGGAUGAGAGGACAGAGGUCUACCAGUAUGUCAGGAACACCAUGGCUCCACAUCCCACCAGAGACCACCUAGUGCUAAGAACAUGGGUAACGGACCUGCCAAAGGGAGCAUGUGCACUGGUGUGUUCAUCUGUGGACCAUGAAGGCGCACCUGUUGUAGGCGUUCGUGCCAAUGUCCUUAUCUCGCGCUACUACAUCGAACCCUGUGGAGCAAACAAGUCCAGACUCACACAUAUUUCCAGGAUCGACUGCAGGGGUCGUUUCCCAGAGUGGUACAAUAAACUGUAUGGACACCUAUGCGCUGCUGAGGUGGCGCGGAUACGUGACUCAUUCACCGUGCCCAUGGAAAAAUAAAAGAGCAGUGUGCAGUGUGGGCAACAACAGACUGAAAAGCUCUUUUAAACCCUGGACUGCUCGAAAUGACUCAUUCCACCCAUUCCAACAGGGAGGUAGAUGGGGUCACUCACAUUUAAAGGACAAAUCCUGGAUCCUGGAUUGAAGGACUUUUUUUUGCUCUGAUUUUGUCACAACAGUCUGGUGUUAUCAUUUUAAAACUGUUCUGUUGGGGCUCUUAGUGUGCUGCCAAGAGGACUCAUGUCACACAAACAUUUAUCUGGGCCAAAGGACAUAACGUAGCUGUUACGGGAUGGGAGGUUUAAACUUUAUCCAAAGGGUGCUAUUGCUUCUGAGAAGCAAAGUGGGAUUCUACGAGUGUGUGUGU